GUGCUCCGUGCAGGGCGGUGGCCAGGGACGGUGCCUGCGGCCCGAACGCGAACUGAGGAAGGAUAAGGAGGCUUCGCCGCAGUGUGCUGAGUUUAAGUUUCUGAAUACUCUCGCAGACUACUCACAUACCUAUGCAAACUUUGGCAACAAUGGCCCCUAGGAUCUCUGUAAUGUCUACCUGUGCACCAAAUUAGCUUGCUUAAUUGAAACUGUUCUUCAAGUAUUUGUUCCGUACAGCUAAUUUUUCAACAACAAAAAAGAAAAGCAAGCCUAGUGUUGAUACGUGCUCUUCUGGAAGUCUUCUUUCAUGCUGGAUUAAGAAUGACAGUAACUGGCUGAUGGUGAAAAUCAGCAUGCUUUAAAACAACAGCAAAACAUACCAGAUUUCUGCCUCUGAAAUACUAAUGUGUCAUCCUCUGUUGUUCUGGGGGCUACAGGUCUAGAGAUACCAUAUGGAACAGCCAAGUAGCCUGAAUGACAGUGACCAUGUAGAUUUUUUUGCCCUGAAGAAAGAUUAUAAAGUUGUAAAUGCCUCAUAACCUUUUUCACUGCCUUGGAUUCCAGGAGUAAACCUGAUACAGAUAGUUACCUGCUGCUUUGACAGCACCGGACAUUCUUAACCUCUACUUACUUAUGAAAAUGGCAAAAAGUCUUUUGUCUUCAUCUCUGUCUACAAGGACAAAACUGCUACAGCAAACAGGAGUGUCAAUAUACUCUACUUCUAACGGCUUCAAUGAGGAGGAGGUGAAAAAGGUGCUUCAGCAAUUUCCAGGUGGCUCUGUUGACCUUCAGAAGAAAUACAAUGGCAUUGGUAUUCUUACUCUGAAUAACCCAAACAAAAUGAAUGCUUUCUCAGGUGCUAUGAUGCUACAACUUUUGGAAAGAGUUAUUGAAUUGGAAAAUUGGACAGAAGGGAAAGGUCUUAUAGUCCAUGGGGCAAACAGUAUGUUUUGUUCAGGAUCUGAUCUAAAUGCUGUUAAAGCACUAGCAACUCCAGAGGAUGGAAUGGCCUUAUCUAUGUUCAUGCAAAACACCUUAACAAAAUUUAUGAGACUGCCUUUGAUAAGUGUUGCGCUAGUUCAAGGACGAGCACUGGGUGGAGGAGCAGAAUUUACUACAGCUUGUGACUUCAGGUUAAUGACUCCGGAGAGUGAGAUCAGAUUUGUCCACAAAGAAAUGGGAAUAGUUCCAAGUUGGGGUGGUGCCAGCCGGCUGGUUGAAAUUAUUGGCAGCAGACAAGCUCUCAAAGUGUUAAGUGGAGCCCUCAAACUGGAUUCCAAGAAAGCGUUAAAUAUUGGUAUGGCUGAUGAGGUCUUGCAGUCUUCGGAUGCAACUAAGACUCUAGAUGAAGCACAAGAGUGGCUAAUGCAGUUUGUCAAUGGGCCACCAGAAGUCAUCAGAGCUGUGAAAAAAUCUGUUUGUUCAGGCAAAGAGCUAUAUUUAGAAGAGGCAUUACAGAAUGAGAGAGAUCUUAUAGGAACAGUGUGGGGUGGACCUGCAAACUUAGAGGCUAUUGCUAGGAGAGGAAAGUUUAAUAAAUAGUUUUUUAAGAUGUGCAUGUACCACAGUAAAAGUAUAAUGACUAAUAAUAUGAAAGCUAAAUGAGCAGCAUAAUUACUUUGAAGUCUAUUACUAGUAUUUAAGAUUUGAUAUUUGUAACAUCUCAAGUCAGUGGACUAGUUCAGCCAACUUUGGCUAACAAAUGAGCCUUUACUCAAAUGUUAUUUAUAUCAGUUCCUACAUUAUUGUAAAUCAUAGCCUAGAGCUAAAGGCCACUGUUUAAUAGGAAAAGCUUCUACACAAAAUCUAUUACUGGAGUUGUUUUUCAUAACAUUCUUAAGCUUUCUCUUAUUCUUGUUUUGAGACAGGAUCUCAUGAAGUUCAGGCUGGGCUUAAACUUGCUAUGUAGCCAUGGCCAGCCUUUAAGUGCUGGAAUUACAGAUUCCUGCUACUAUUCUUUGUAACCUGGAAGUAAUUAAAACAAAAUAAACCAACCAACCAAGAAAUCCCUUAUGCCUGGGAGUGGUGGCACAUGCCUUUAAUCCCAGCACUCAGGAGGCAGAGGUAGGAGGAUCAUCAUGAGUUCCAGGCCACCCUGAGACUCCAUAGUGAAUUCCAGGUCAGCCUGGGCUACAGUGAGACCCUACCUUGAACAAACCAAUGGCAUCCCUUAUGCACUUUGCAGUGCUUAUAGUUAAAGCACAAAAUGGGGGUGAAGGAUCAGAAGAGAACUAUAACCACAGUCAUUUUCUUCUGCACAAACAGCUGGAAUCUAAUCAAAAGAAACAGCCCUUUGUUUAAGAAAGAGACACACACCCAACAAAUUUAAAGCAUUAUUUAGUUGAUCUUUUCAGCUAGCUUUCUAUUUUCAAUGAUCUGCUAAACAGUGAAAGCUGGGAUGUGGAACAUAACCGACCGUGCAAACUGGUCAUUCAUUUGGGUUCGCUGGAUUUUCUAGUCUAAUAAAUGGUACUGUUGAUAAAGAUUUAAAAUUGAAGCUACUUGGGCUGGAGAGAUGGCUUACUGGUUAAGGUGCUCUCACUUGCCUGUGAUGGCUAAGGACCCAGAUUUGAUUCCCCAGUACCCAUGUAAACCAGAUGCACAAGGUGGUGCAUGUGCCUGGAGUUCGUUUGCAGUGGCUACAGGCCCUGGCAUGCCCACUCUCUCCUUCCCUUUCUUUUUGUCUCCAAUAAAAAAUAAAUAAUUGAAGCAACUUAACAUUCAUAAAGCAUCCUACAACAGUUUGAACUUUUCACCUACUUUGGUUUUUUGAAAAAUAGCUAAAUUUUCUUUUGUGAUUUAGCUAUCUUUAGUAUAAAUUUAACAAAAAUAUGUAACUUGGGCUGGGUAAUGGCUUAGUGGUUAAAGGUGCUUGCCUGCAAAG